UUGUUGUCGUGAUCUCAAGCGUUGUAUAUGUUAAUAAUAUAUUUGUUAUAAUAUUAACAAAAAUUGGAAGUUGUCUAAUACUUAUCAUCAUCAAAUGUAAUAAAGGAAGAAUAUCACUGAUACAAUCAUUGCUUUUCGGAUGCUUUGAGUUAGAGAUACAAUCGUUUUAUGGUUAUUAUAACCAUUUGUUGCUUUUUUACCUACAGGACAUAAUAGAUACUUCUUGGAAGACAAAAAUGAAUAAAAAUAAAUAUCAAACUACUUCAGCAAAAGGAUUAGAUCCUUUAGAAAUAAAACAAGAAAUUUCUUUCGAUGAUGAAAGCAUUGAAAUAAAGAAUGAACCAGUAGAGAUGGACAUAUCUUUUACCAGCUCAUCAAUUUACAAUUCAUCCCAAACUGAUGAUACAUAUGUUUUGGAUGAAGAGUAUUUUGAUUCUGAAUCAGAGAGUAAUCCUCUAUUAGAUCAAAGUGAAAGUUAUCCUCCAGGUAUUGCUAGAAUAGUUGAUAUAAACGAUUUACUACAAAAUAAAGAUACCAUAUCUUAUUCAAAUACAUUAUCACCUAAGAGAGAGCCUACUUCACCUAUACCAGAAAACCUUCAUAUAAAAAUUAAAAAGCAGCCACCUUGUGGAAACUGUAUGAGAAAUAUUGAACAUUUUUGUACAGUUUGUAAAAAGUCAUGGGAUUAUCACAAAGAUACAACACUGUGCUCCAAUUGUGAGUCAAACUUGAAACUUCAAUGUAAAAUAUGUCACAAGCGAUUUAAAUUUCUAAACAAAGUGCAUCAAUAUGUGUUACAAGCCAGCAAAAAAAUGAAUCUGCUAUCACGUAAAAAACAGCAAGUGACAUUCACAUGUGAAAAGAAACAAAACUUUGUUUGUUCCAAAUGUAAAUAUCAAACAACUCAAAAAGAACAGUUAAUAGAACAUAUGGAAAAAUUACAUGGGCAAACUGUUGUCACAAAUUUACAUAAAUCUGCAGCAACAACUUCAGAUAAUUUAACUAUAUCGACUACUGUAUCCGACAAAUCAAUUAAUUCAAACUUAUCUUAUCUGGAUAAUUUACUCAACACAUCUAUUAAUAUGCAAAAUCUAUUACAAGAAGUUGCUGAAGUUAAAGUAUCUAAGAAAAGUAAAAAAUCAAAAAAGCCUGAAAUAAUAAACUUCAAUGAAGAUGAUGAUCAGUAUAUUGAGUUAUUCUGCUUAGAAUGUAAAAAGACUUGUAAAAAAAUUGUGUAUGAUGAAAUUGUAAAGCCAGUUUGUCGAGAAUGUCAAAAGUUAAUGUGGUAUCGGUGUACUUUAUGCGCAAGCAGGUAUAAGUUAUUACAAUUUGUUCGUCUUCAUGUGAAUCGUGUUUGUUGGCAUCGAAUGAACGGGCCAAAAUUAAACUGUACACAUUGUGAUUAUAAAGCAGAGGUAAAAUCAAGGCUUGAAUAUCAUAUCAAAUCUGAACACCUGCCUAAAAAUUGCCCUAAGUGUAACAUAGAAGUCGAGAACGCAGCUAGCUUAAAAGAGCAUUUAAUGCAAUGCACAGCAAUUAAGUUGAACAAACAUGCACAUGCAGUGGCAAAGCCAUCACAAGAACCUGAUUUAGAUGAUGUUCCAUUAAUUUUUCGACAAAGUAAAUUGAUGUUAAAAAAUUAUCUGCACGAAAAGCUUCCUAUAGAUAACGAUGAUAGUUACAAAAUUAUAGAAAACGAUCCUGCAGUAUUAAUGAAUGAAAUACAUAAAGUACCUUUAAAAGACAGCCACGAAAAUGGAUGGAGUUCUUUAGUUGAUUAUUAUUGCGUACAGUGUGACGUGGAAACAAAAAAAAAGUUUUCCAAGUUCAGACCAAGAUGUCCAAAAUGUAAAGAUAAGUAUGAUUAUCGGUGUACGAGUUGUGAACGACUAUACGGGGGAUAUUACAGCAUUUGUAAGCACGUUAAACAUGAGUGUCAAAAUCGUUUUGUAAUGGGAUGUAGUUUAUGUGACUAUACCAGUGCAAGAAAGUAUAUUCUUCUGAAUCACAUAAAAAAUAAGCAUGCUAUUUACAAGUGCUUGAGAUGUAACAGUAGAUGUGAGGGUUAUAUAUCAUUAAGGAAACAUCAAUCAAUUGACUGUAAUAUUGAUAAUCCUCACGGGCCGAUGCAUCUCAAAAGACUCAUUGCUCUGUUUUGCAAAUAUUGCCACAAGAGAUCAUUAGGGCUCGGUGACAAUAACAAAUUGGUAUCUUGUGAAAGGUGCACAAUGAUUAUGAAUUUUCAAUGUUUAAAAUGUAAUGAAUUAUUUGAUGACCAAGAAGUUACAUAUAAGCAUGCGAAAGAAGAGUGCAAGCCAACUUUUCUGUGUGAUAAAUGCGAUUAUAAAGCGUAUAUGCAGUAUGAUCUUGACGUUCACGUUAAGUACGUGCAUACCUUUAGAAAAUGUCAAGACUGUGGAGUUCAGUUCAGAGAUGAAUAUAUAUUUAGGUUGCAUCUUAAAGAAGAAGCAAAAAAGAAGAAAAUACUAAACAAUCACUUAGAAGACGAAGUACUUCCGAAGCCUAAAAAACUUUUAAGAAGUAAGAAGCAGUGAAAGUAAAAGUAAAUGAGCUUUAUAAUGAUUAUUGUAUUUAAAAGUAAAAACACGUAAUGACAAACUGCUGAUUAGAUAUUUCUCUAAAGUUUUACAAGUCCCCAGGUGCGUGCAAGUUUUUUCCAGAAAAUUUCGUUAAACACGUUUAAAUUAUUAAAAUCGUUGGUAUCGAAUGCAACUAAUAUUAUCAAAAGUGUUAAUAUUGAAAGAAAACCACCGAACAAGCUUUUUGGAACCUCCUGAUAUGCGUUUGAAACACCGUAUCGGAAAUUCAUAAAAGCGAGUGUCCCUAUAGCCGCUCCUUCAAACUAAUUCUAGAAUGUGGAAGGGGAAUUUUCGAAGGAGGGAGGUCCUGAGUCUUUGACAUCCUCUGCAGGACUGUCGUCAAUCAUUUUCAGCACUGGCAUAACGCUGAUAAGUUCGACCGCUUAUUGAUCUCUCGUGUGUCGGUACAUUCAGAGCUGAUAUUGAAUUUGUGAACCGUUGCUAGAAGCUUCUAACGGUCGAGGUCGUUCGUCGAUUUUCAAGAUAGUUAGCGGUCGAGACACACGGCAUCACCGGAUUCUCCGUGACAGACAUUUGAAAAAAGCAUUGUGGAUUUUUCAUUCGAAAUGAACACUACGUCCGAUAGUCCCAAUGAUACUUCAGAAGCACCUAAAGUUCCUAAUGUACCAUGGAAAACUUUCAUAGACGAACGUCCGUGUGUAAUACCUACGAUUGUAAACCACAAUCGGCAUUCUGGACUCUUAUCGAAUUACUACAAUUUGACAAAUUCUUACCAGCCGUUAAGGAUGAUUGAAUAUUUUUCGAAGUCAAUUUCGAAACCCCAACAAAGUGCCGUUUCAACUACGUUUCCUACAACGCCAUUCUGUCCAAUUCCAAAGGAACAAGUUCUCAAACUGCCGCAGAAUCAUGAUCGACCAAAUGCAGUCUAUAACAAUCCGCUAUUUAACUUCCGUCAAAGUGUCGUUUCAACUACGUUUCCUACAACGCUAUACUGUCCGAUUCCAAAGGAAAAAGUUCUUGAGCAGCCGCAGAAUCGUGAUUGACCAAAUGAAGUCUAUAAUAAUCCGCCAUUUAACUUCCGUCAAAGUGUAACCGAUUCGUAUAUAUACCAAGUACCGGUGUUCAUAAAUGGCGUAAACGCGAAAAACAGCUUCUAACGAGGCACCGACGCCUGACGAUAGCGAAAUCAAUUUGAAUAAAUACGAGCUUCCAGUGCUCGAAAGCGAUGCUGCGACGAACAAAGAGAACAGCGAUCCUUUAGAUUCAUCAGCGAACUGGGAUUGUAAGAAAAAAAGAGCUUCGACGAAGGAAAAUUUGAACGACUUAUUGGUUAAACUGACGAUAGAUAAAGAUGAAAUCGACGAGAAAGAUGAUUCGACGGAGUACUAUAAGCAGAAGAAGCCGCAGUGAAUUAUGUUUGACGAUUGACUUUUUUCACGAAUUAGUAAACUCAUUUUAAGAGAUAGACUGACCAGAAUGUGCAUGAUUAAAUUAUUAUUUUUAAGUAAUAAAUGGUUUUUACAACGAAAA